AUGGCUCUUGCGCGUUCACAUUCGUGGUCUAUCCUUACGCUACUAGCUUUGUCUUUUCUUCUUAUAAACACUGGUUCUUGCUUCAAACGCAAGCUCUUUUAUAAUGUCUUAAAUGAGUCUCAAUCCACUUGGUCCCCAGCCGGGGCUACCUGGUACGGAAGCGCCAACGGUGCUGGAAGUAACGAGGGUGCUUGUGGAUAUGGAGAUGCUGUAGAGCAAGCACCAUUCUCUUCAUUCACAACGGCUGGAGGUCCGUCGUUGUUCAAAUCUGGCAAAGAAUGUGGAGCUUGUUAUCAGGUGAAAUGCACAGCAAGUGUUAACCCAGCAUGCUCGGAGCAACUGGUGACAGUGGUUAUAACCGAUGAGUGCCCUGGUUGCGCUUCGGAGUCUGUUCAUUUUGAUUUAAGCGGUACUGCCUUUGGAGCCAUGGCGCUUCCUGGCCAGGCUCAUCAACUACGCAAUGCUGGAGUCCUGGAGAUUCAGUACCAAAGAGCAAAAUGCAGCUAUCCCGAUAAGAAGAUAACCUUUCAAGUGGACACAGGGUCUAACCCAUACUACUUUGCUGCUUUAAUAAAAUAUGUAGACGGAGACGGUGUCCUUGGUUCAGUGGAGCUGAAACAAGCCGGUGACUCAGACUCAUGGCUUCCCUUGCAGCAAUCAUGGGGUGCAGUUUGGAAACUUGACGCUGGUUUUGCUUUACAGGCCCCCUUCUCGAUUCGCCUUACCGGGUUAGACUUCGGCAACACCAUUGUGGCCAACAACGUGAUUCCCGAUGGUUGGAAGCCUGGUGAAACUUAUACAUCUGAUGUCACCUUUGCUACCUAA